UACAAGAAAUCCCAUGAAACGCGGGGCUACAUUUAAUGGAAAAUUCAGAAAAAAAAGAAAAAGAAAAGAAAGUAGAAAACCCUAAACCCCAUUGCACUUGCACACCAAAAUCUCCUCUCUUAGCUGAUUUUCUGACCGAGAAAUUGACACCCUUGUAAAAGAAAGCUCUUUUUUUAAGCCCUUGAUAUCGUUUUGUUUCUUUUUUUUUUUUGGUUUUGUAAUUUUUUGUGGGUUUGUUGAAUUAUUAUUUAGUUCUUGAACUUGGAUUCAGAGUUUUGGAGCCUCUUCUUUUAAUCUUUUACUUAGAUCGGAGAGAGUUGCUACGGGGUACAAGAAGAAGAGGAAGGAGAAAUAAAAGAGCUGUAAACAGAGGUUCUCAGAAAUGGGUAGAAAUAUCAACCCAGUGCUGAGACGAGAAUUAGCAAAUCUCCGCAAAGAUGCUGAUAGUCGUAAAUUAGCCAUGAAAGCAUUGAAGUCAUAUGUGAAAGACUUGGAUUCAAAGGCAAUCCCGGUCUUUCUUGCCCAAGUUUCUGAGACCAAAGAUUCUGGUUCUGUGUCGGGGGAGUAUACAAUUUCACUCUAUGAAGUUUUAGCCCGGAUCCAUGGUCCUAAUAUUGUUCCACAAAUAGAUAGCAUCAUGGUAACCAUUCUCAAGACUUUGGCUUCCAGUGCAGGAUCUUUUCCCCUUCAACAAGCAUGCUCAAAGGUUGUCCCCGCUAUUGCAAGAUAUGGGAUUGACCCAAGUACACCAGAGGACAAGAAGAGGGACAUAAUCCACUCUCUUUGUAAGCCUCUUUCAGAUUCUCUCUUGGUUUCCCAAGAAAGCCUAAGCUCUGGGGCUGCCCUCUGCUUAAAGGCUCUUUUGGACACAGAUAAUUGGCGGUUUGCAUCAGAUGAGAUGGUGAAUAGAGUUUGUCAGAAUGUGGCUGGGGCUUUGGAGGAGAAAUCCUCUCAAACCAAUUCUCAUAUUGGGUUGGCUAUGGCUCUGGCGAAGCACAAUGCUCUCAUUGUUGAAGCAUAUGCAAGAUUGCUAAUACAAUCAGGUUUACGAAUAUUGAAUGCUGGGGUUGUUGAAGGGAAUUCUCAGAAGCGAUUAUCCGCAAUUCAAAUGGUGAAUUUUUUGAUGAAGUGUUUAGACCCACGUGGUAUAUUUUCAGAGCUUAACUUGAUAAUUGAGGAGAUGGAGAAAUGUCAAUCUGAUCAAAUGGCUUAUGUCAGAGGGGCAGCUUUUGAAGCCUUGCAGACAGCAAAGAAAAUUGCUUCAGAGAAAGAAUCAAAACUUGAGAAGGGCUGCUGUUCAGUCACUGGCUCAAAUUUUGGUAGGGGAGGACAUAGCAGGAGGAGAAACACCUGGACUUCUGGUGAUCUAUCUCCAGCAUCUGUCUCACAUGAAUCACAAACCCUUGAUUCUUUUAUUGAAUAUGACUCUCUGGUUGAAUCACCUAUUUCAUCUGCACAGGCUUCUCAUAACAUGGGGUAUGACCAACGAAUGGUGAAUCGAAAGCUCUGGGGCUACGAGAAUGGAGGGGUGGAUAUAUCUCUUAAGGAUGGUUUGUUCUCUGAAUUGGCUCGGGGAAGUCCCAUCUCUAAUGGGUUUUCUGAGGCCUCGAGGCGCCAAGGACUUACUGAUUAUGGAGAGAACUUCACUGAAGAAUUUGAUGAAUUCUUGCAGAGAAAUCCUAGAAAUGGGCUACCUAGAAGUUGUACUCCUAGUCCUCAGAGGUCACGUUCUCGUGUUAAUGUCGAUGACAUUAACAUAUUCACAACUCCAAGGAAGCUUAUUCACUCUCUUCAGGAUCCUGCUGAUACGAACUUAGACUUCUCGGAGAAACAAACCAGCAGGUUCAGACGUCCAUCCUCAAGAAAGUACAAGCACAGCCCAAGAUUUCAUCAAAAUGGUUUUUCGCGUGACGAGAACUCCAAGGUGAGAGAGAAUGGGAACAUCUAUGCUAGUGGUGAGCAGUUGGAAAGUGUUUCUGAGUCGGUAUCAUCAAGUCACAAUGCUUGUGUUGAAGGUAAUGUCCAAGUUUCUCAUGAGGCUACUGAAAAUAAAAGUGAAACUCAAAGGAUUUCCAUUGAAGAGGCCUGGUUGAACUGGAAGCCAUCUGCUGGAUGGGUAUCUAGUCUCUUGUUUGUUCUACUUGCAGUUUUUUGUUUGACAUGGAUGUUUGGUCAGGAUGAACCUCAUCAUUUUGUACCAACUUAGUUUUCUCAUUUUUGUAGUAAUAUGUAUUUCCUCUGGACCUUUUGGUAUUAGAAUUAGUGUCAAUGUUGAAUCCUUUAAGAUUUUUUUUCUAAUAGCAAUUUCAAAUCUGUUUUAUGUGA